UCCGGCAGUGCGGCGGACAGCCCCGGCUGGGGUCCUUUCUCGGUGCCGUCUCGCUGGGAGUGUAUGAGGUCCCCGGUGGAGAGAGAUGUGCGGCUGGAGGUGCCGGUGACAACUGGAGGAGAGAUGGAGACAGGAGGAGUGCUGGGGCCCGGGGGACUGAGGCUGCUCGCCUGCUUCCUGGGGGUGUUUGUCUGCUACUUCUACUAUGGAAUCCUACAGGAGACCAUAACGCGGGGGACGUAUGGAGAGGGGGAGAACAAGGAGAAAUUCCGCUUUGCACUUUCUCUGGUUUUUGUUCAGUGUAUUGUCAAUGCCGUAUUUGCCAAACUAUUGAUCCGAUUUUUUGAUUCAAAGGGAAAACCAGACCGCACACAGAGCUGGCUCUAUGCGGUUUGUUCACUAUCUUACGUAGGGGCCAUGGUGUCCAGUAAUUCAGCACUCCUGUAUGUCAACUACCCCACGCAGGUGUUGGGGAAAUCAUGUAAACCUAUUCCAGUUAUGCUCCUUGGUGUUACCAUCCUCAGGAAGAAGUAUCCCCUGACCAAGUACCUGUGUGUCCUCCUCAUUGUAGCAGGCGUAGCCCUGUUCAUGUAUAAACCCAAGAAUUCCGGCCCCUCUGACCACGUGUUUGGCUAUGGAGAAUUAUUACUGCUGCUGUCUCUGACUCUGGACGGUCUUACAGGAGUGUCUCAGGAUCACAUGCGAGCGCAUUUUCAGACCAGCUCCAACCCAAUGAUGCUUCAUAUUAACCUCUGGUCAAGCCUUUUUCUAGGAGCAGGUAUCUUGUUUACUGGAGAAUUAUGGGAGUUCCUGAGCUUCACAGAGCGUUAUCCCUAUAUCAUCUACAACAUUCUGCUCUUCAGCCUGACAAGCGCCCUGGGCCAGACCUUCAUAUUUAUGACCGUGGUGUACUUUGGUCCCCUGACAUGUUCCAUUAUCACAACCACCCGGAAGUUCUUCACCAUCUUGGCUUCGGUACUCAUAUUCUCCAAUCCCAUCAGUAGCUUACAGUGGGUCGGGACGUUCCUGGUGUUUUUGGGUCUAGGACUGGAUGCCAAAUUUGGCAAAGGAUCCAAAAAGCCGUCCCACUGA